AUGUCCAACCCCCAAUCAACAACCACGGGUAUCUCCCUCCAAAACCUGACCACAACAAACCUAGAAGAAAGACCCGUCCGAGGAAACCAAAAUGACCUCUCAACACCCCCUUCCGAAACAGACAUAAUGCAACAAUCCCUGAUAGCAGACUCCCAGGUCCCCGACGGCGGCGAAGCCUGGGUCGUCAUAUCAGGUUGCGCUGUCGUAACAUGGUGGUUCAUCGGAACAUCCUACUGCUGGGGCAUUCUCCAAGCCGCCCUCGUAAAAGAAGGCGUAUCAUCAUCGUCAACACUGGCAUUCGUCGGUUCCCUCGCAACAGCAUGUAUCUCUUUCCUGGGUAUUCUGAAUGCACGCAUUAUCCGCAAACUCGGGACGCGCAUGUCUGCUCUGGCCGGUGUGUUUUUCUUGGGUCUUGGGGAGGUGCUGAGUGGUUUCUCUGCUAUGAAUAUUGGGGGGAUCGUAUCUGUGGAUGCUGGCUAUAUACCAGAACCCGAGACUGAAGGGUUUCCUACACUGAUAUUGUUACCGUCACUGACCAGCACUACUAGUCUCUGUUUUAUGGUCGUCUCCGUCACACCGGCGCAGUAUUUCCGGGCAAAGCGCGGAAUUGCAAAUGGUAUCGUCUAUGCAGCGGGUGGACUUGGUGGUGCUGUGAUUAGUUUCGUGAUGAAUGCGCUGCUCGAGCGUGUGGGCGUGCAGUGGACGUUCCGGAUUAUCGGGUUCGCUACUUGGGGUACCGGCUUGCCGGCUGCGUAUUUGAUCAAGCAGCGGAUUCCAAUUCCGCCUUCGGCUGUUGUGGAUUGGCGUCUAUUCCGUGAUAUCCGCUUCGUGCUCCUCUUCGCAAUGGGUGCAAUCGCCACAUUUCCCCUCCUAGUCCCACCCUUCUUCUUGCCUCUCUUCACAGCUUCGCUGGGAAUGUCGUCCGGCACGGGAGCGGGUAUCGUGGCAGCAUUCAAUUUCUCAUCUGCGCUGGGAAGAUUGCUUUGCGGACUCUGCAGUGAUCUCGUUGGGCCGCUGAAUACGCUAUUUAUUUCUCUUCUGCUAAGCGCGCUGAGCAUGCUGAUUAUCUGGCCUAUCUCGACUUCGCUGGGGCCAUUGAUCGUCUUUGUCAUUGUCAAUGGUAUGGCUAAUGGGGGCUUCUUUUCAACUAUGCCUACGGUCGUUGGGAAUACUUUUGGCUCGGCCAGGGUAUCUGUUGUUAUGGGGAUGGUUGUGACGGGCUGGGCUGGGGGUUAUUUACUUGGCGCCCCCAUCGCUGGGUUUAUCCUCAAUGCAGCUGGCGGAGAAAACAAGGGGAUUACCGGCUAUCGCCCGGCUAUUGUCUACGCUGGUGCUAUGGCUCUUGUUGCUUCUCUUAUUGGGCUUUCUAUUCGGCUGAAGACUGAUAAAAAACUGCUCAAGAAGCUCUAG